AUCAUGGAAGAAGAAGAACUACCUUGGCUUUUGGUAAAUGAACUUGGUGGCAUACGUGGGAUAUUGCGUAGCCAUGUGCCAUUCCUGAAGAAACAUUUCCACCUCAUCACCAUGAAGGAAUUUCUUGAAAACAGAAAGGAUGUAGGCAAAAAGGUCCAAGCAAUCUAUUUGUGGUGGCACAAACCGGUCAUUGACAAAGAGCUCCUCCAGAGCCUGCCAAACUUAAAAGUGAUUGCGAAUUCAGGGGUGGGGAUGGAUCACUUGGAUCUGAAGCUUAUAGCUAGCUUUGGUGUGAAGAUGGCUAAUGCUCCACGUGCUGUUUCCAGCACCACAGCAGAUACUGGGAUGGCUUUGCUGCUAGCCUCUGCUAGAAGACUUGUGGAAGUCCAUAACAUUUCAAUUUCUCCAAGUAUGGACUACUGUGAAGCUGAUAUUCUGGGAGUUAAAGUUGCUGGAGCUACUCUGGGGAUCAUUGGCAUGGGCCGCAUUGGGUAUAAGAUUGCUGUGAGAGCCAAAGCAUUUGAAAUGAACAUUUUGUACCACAACAGGACACGGAGGAAAGUGCAAGAGGAGCAAGCUGUUGGUGCCACUUACUGCAAAAAGAUAGACAGUUUGCUCCAGCAGGCAGAUUUUGUGAUGCUAGUGGUGAGCCUGACACCUCAGACACACAAGCUGAUCGGGAAAAGAGAACUGGAGCUGAUGAAACCCACAGCUACCCUCAUUAACAUCAGCCGAGGUGCAGUAGUUGACCAAGAGGCGCUGGUGGCAGCUCUGCAGACCGGUGUUAUCAGGGCCGCGGCUUUGGAUGUCACCUCCCCAGAGCCACUGCCCAGAGAUCAUGCAUUGUUAAAAUUAAAGAACGUCAUUAUAACACCUCACCUUGGCAUUAAAACAGACAAGGCCACCUACAUGAUAACGGAGGAAGCAGUUGAAAACAUACUAGCAGCCCUGAAUGGUCUCCCCCUACCCAGUGAAGUGCUCCCUAGCUGA